AUUUGAUGUGUUCGGAUCAUGUCCAAUUCCUCCCAUCAGUGAUGCUUGCGCCGGCCGAUUCUCGUCAUCUCCACUCCAACGCAUGUGCCGCAUGGCUCAUGUCAACGCUCCACCUGCACAAUUGCUCCCACUUAAUGCUCGGAUCCAGUCAACUUGCACUUAUUUAUCUUCAUUCACAACACAGACCUGUACCACUCAUGCCUCGUUCUGACUGACUGAAUCACAUUUACGUGUUCCAACAAGAGCCUCUAUGUAUAAAAGCCCUUCAGGUGCACACAAACUAUAUAGUUCACGACCUCCCCGUCUUCACCCCUGUUUGAUCAGUAAAUGGCAACCUCCUCCUCCUCCUCUGCUUUUUCUUUCUUCUCCUUCAUCUUCUCCGCCUUCUUACUCUGUCAUACCUACUUUGCAUCCCUGGGAGCGGAGGCUCGUCCCUGUUCCAUUUCAUCUCUCAUCAGCAAAAAGUUUUUUGAAACCAUCUUCCUUCACAAAGAUGACACGGCAUGCCCUGCCAAGGACUUCUACACCUACAGGUCUUUCAUUCACGCCACCAAACGCUUCCCUGAAUUUGGCAGCACCGGAAAUAUAUCAACACGAAAGCGAGAGAUAGCUGCGUUUCUCGCUCAAAUCUCCCACGAGACCACUGGUGGGUGGGCCACUGCACCUGAUGGACCCUAUGCUUGGGGCUUGUGCUUCAAGCAAGAACUUAAACCUCAAAGUAAUUACUGCGACUCCAACAACACUCAAUGGCCUUGUUAUCCUGGUAAAAGUUACUUUGGCAGAGGACCCAUUCAACUUUCCUGGAACUUUAACUAUGGGCCGGCCGGGGAGGCUUUGGGAUUUGACGGGUUGAAGAAUCCUGAGAUCGUAGCCAACAAUUCUGUGAUUGCGUUUAAAACGGCUCUGUGGUUUUGGAUGACAGAACGAAAACCGGUACCUUCUCCUCACAAUGUGAUGGUGGGGAAUUAUGUGCCGACACGGGUUGAUAUAGCAGCGAAUCGUACGGCUGGCUAUGGCUUGGUGACCAACAUAAUCAACGGUGGAUUGGAGUGUGGGAUCCCGAACGAUCCCAGAGUGAAUGAUCGAAUCGGGUUCUUCCGAAGAUAUGCCAAGUUGUUUAACGUGGACACCGGACCUAAUUUGGAUUGCGAGCAUCAGAAAUCUUUUUAACUACUAACCUUUUGUUCUAGCUUCUUUUCACUUUUCUUUUUGUCUUUUGGUACCGCUUCGAAUAAUUAACGUAUUGUGACUGGAAGCAUGUUCCUCGACCAUAAGUUCUCUGUUUGUAAUUUAUCUUUGGACGCCACUUUGAUUUGAUGCCGACUGGGUUUUAUAAAGUUCCUUGUCCUCGGUAGCUAUGUAGUUACAGGAGGAUGGUGCCCACGGCCAAACGACGCGAGAGGGUGGCGAAGGAAAAUAAUUUCUAAAGACACAGACCAUGUCCGCGUUCAUUAUUCGUUCUAUUUGGAUCUUAGCUAUCACGUCGUCUGUACUCAAAAGACACUAGAAUUAAAUAAGAAAGGAGACUUAUAUUAUGACA